AAUGACGCAUUGGCCACACAAUCGAACUCAAAUGCGAGAAACUUCUUUUUACUCUUCUCCACAUAACGUAAACCUUCCACCAUGACCAUGACCUUCCACUUUCGAACAUAAAUUCCUGUUUUAAAUCUGUCGACUAAUCAUAGCUUUGCUUCUUUCCGCGAAUCUCCAUGGCAACCGCUCAGAUCACCGAAGAAUACCCCAUUACCCACGACCCGACGCGGGCUCCCGUGCCCUUUGGACGGUGGGCCCCGGAGCUACUUACAAGAUGGCUGAACACCGGGGAUGUUCAUGAGAAGCAGAGGACGCUCUUCACGCUUUGUGACUUCCUGCAUGAUCCUGAACAGAUCACGGCGUGCCUGGCAACAGACCUCGUCCCAGCGCUCUGCCGGCAACUGGAGCACACCGAUGCCACGGUGCGCCAGAAGGCCGCCCUGUGUCUCGGGGUGAUCUCUGGACAUGCUAUAGGACGGGAGGACCUGCUGAAGAAUGAUGUGUUGACACAUCUGAGCUGGAGGUUUACUGAUGGGGUGCCUCUGGUGCGGAGGAAUGUCCAUCAGGUGGUCGUGUCGCUCCUGAGGACUCCGGAAGGAGUCAGCGCCGGUCUGGAGGUGAACCUCACACCUCUCCUUCUCCAGAGGGUGGUCUGCGAACUACCGGAGAUAGUGCUGCUCUGUCUACGGUCUCUACAGCCGCUCCUCAAAGAGGACCCGAAGCGCGGCCUUCUUCUCGGCGCAGUUCGCACGAUGAACAAACUGCUCCGUUCAGAAAUCUCCUCCAUCCGCGCCUGCGCAGCCAGCUGCCUGCACAACCUCUGUCGUCCCACACAAGGAAAAAAUGAAGCCACAGUCCUUGGUUCCAUCCCCCUGCUGGUGACGUUGUUGAAGGACUGGGAUCCAGCUGUACGCACCCAAGCCGCUGCUGCGCUGGGUAGUGUCUUAGUCACCACACCUGCCAAGAAGCUAGCAGUGACGCUGCCAACAUUACGACAUUUACUCGAUCUUGCUGUAGAGUUUGCGGUCCCUGCUGCUCAGAUGCUGGCUAUCCAGGCGCUGGCGGUGCUGGCGGCACACCCGGAGGCGAGGAACAAGUUGAGGGAACAUGUCGAGGUGUUUGAAGACGCGAUGAGGAGUGAGGAGGAGGGGGUGAGAGUGUGUGCGAAAAGGGCGAUGGAAGAGGUGAUGUGGGUUCCGUGAAAGGAGGUGUGGAAGUCGUGGGAGGUGGUAGAGUGGUGAGGUAUGAGCGGAUGUCUGUGGAAGGAGAUGAUGGACGUCAUAGUGACGAUUACGCGAAGUUAAUAGCUUCGUAUAUUUUUAUGUGUGUUUACAAGGAAAACAAAACAUUGCAGAAUAAGUGUAGGUAUUGUAAAUUAUUGUCGUUUAUUGGACACAUAAAGCCGGUAAAUAAUGUAUCACCAACGUUUUCUGUCUCGUAAAUCGUCUGUCUUUGUAUGGUCUGUAACUGUUGACUCUUUUGCAGCUUUUUUAUCUGUUGAAACCCAAAUAAGGCUGACGAUGGUUAUACAAAUAUAUAUCUUCUAUAUUCCCCAACAGA